GUGAAAAUCGAAAUGCCAGGUGCCAACACUGAACACCUUUAAUCCUUAUUGUCCUUUCUUGGUGGAAAUAUAACUACCUAUUUCUAAAGUUUUAUUUAAAACCUCGAUAUGAGAUUAGAAUAGUGAUCGUCGUUAAAUCACACAUCAUUAUAUCACGUACAUUCCAUACAAGUAAAGCAAUAUUUUAUGUUACUUUAGUUUUCAAAAUGAUGCAGUUCAUGCUUUUAUUUAGUCGACAAGGCAAAUUACGUCUUCAAAAAUGGUAUGUGGCUCAUCCGGACAAAUUAAAAAAGAAGAUCACCAGAGAAUUAAUCACCACAGUAUUGGCCCGGAAACCUAAGAUGUGUUCAUUUCUGGAGUGGAAAGAUGUCAAGGUUGUAUAUAAAAGAUAUGCAUCAUUGUAUUUCUGCUGUGCUAUGGAGCAAGAAGACAAUGAACUACUCACCUUAGAGCUUAUUCAUAGAUAUGUUGAACUUCUUGACAAGUACUUUGGAAGUGUGUGUGAGCUGGAUAUAAUUUUCAACUUUGAGAAGGCAUAUUUUAUAUUGGAUGAGUUGGUGCUUGGUGGAGAGCUUCAGGAGACAAGCAAGAAGAAUGUGCUGAAGGCUAUUGCCGCUCAGGACUUAUUGCAAGAGGAGGAGACCCCGCAGGGAUUCUUCGAAGACCACGGCCUGGGAUAGACGAUCACAGACGAGAAACCACAGCAGUAUACAUUAUAUUAAGGAUAGGUUUAGUUUUAUCUAUUAUUUUUCAGGAUGUGGUUGUCAUGACCGUUACCAUGUGAGAAAUUAAACAACCUUGCUAAUAGUCAUGGUAUGUUCUACUUUCUAUUUGACACGAUAAUACUACUUUUUUUAGGCAGCAUUUUUUAAUAUUCAAAGGGCAAUUUUAUAUAUAUAUAUAUGAUUAUGCACAAAAAUAAUUUUUAAUAAGAUAUAGCUCAAAUAUACUAUGUACUUAAUUUUUCUUAUGAAUAGAAUGCAAGACAUGUUUUCGUCAUUUCAUUUCUUAUCGUUAAUUACCGCUUGAUAAGUGCCAAAAAGUGGAUAAUAAUUGUAACAAUAAUGUGCGCAUUUAUAAUAAAUAGUAUCAAAUUUUAUGUGACUGUAUAAAAA